AUGGGGAACGUAAAUAUUGCAUACAGUGCCUCGUGGCUAUUUGUUAAUAAUGCUAACCUUUGGUUUGCCACUUGGCUCAGUAUUUUGUACUGUGUAAAGAUUGCCAACUUCUCCAACCCCCUCUUCCUCCAAAUGAAGCGGAGAUUCCCUGGGCUGGUGCCCUGGCUGCUUCUGGGGACAGUGGUCUUCUCUGCAAUCACCACCACUGUGGCAAUAACAGGAAGCAUUGGGAUGCAUAUUUGGUUUAUUGAUGUUAAUGCUGCAUAUUCCUCUGGUCAUGCCAUUAUCCUGAUCUUCAUUAAUCCCAAACUGAAACAGGAAUCAGUCAGGAUGCUACAUCAACUAAAAUGCUGA